AUGGAAGAUAUAAACAUAAACAAAUCGGUAACUUCGGAAAAUGAAAUUGGGACUGUCUCCAUUGAAGGGUUUUGCAAUCACCCAUCCCUAACUUUUAACAUAAAUAAACCAGACUACCACGCGCCGGUUUACAUUGGGGAAACAUUAAAAUAUGAUGUUGUUAUCAAGCGGGCAAACAAAGAUGAAGGAGCUUGGAAACUUCAGAUUGUCCAAAUUGCUGGACAAGCUACUAUCGUACCAUCGACAUUUUCAUCAACAGUGUCAGGCGAUACUCCAGAUUCUUCUCAAAACAGAAAAAUAGCAGACUCUAAAAAGACCACUUUGACAUCUAAUGAAAGUUUUGGUUUAGUGUGUCCUGUCUUAGCUACAUUUUUUGGAACAUCUAGUCAAUCAAGCUCUUUAACUUCUUCUGGUUUAACAUCAGCUUCAAUGAGCUUAGAACAUGACAGCUCUUGCAAACCUUAUUUUCGUGACGAUAGCACUUACAUCAUACCUAUGUCAUCAUGUCUACAAGAUCUAUCAGGAGACUGUCAUUAUGUUGAGCUGCGUGUAGUUUUGUGGCUGAACAGCAUUGUCACUAAUCCUUCAGAUAGCGGAACUAGUGCAGAAAGUGAUUUGCAGACCAAAGCAGAGGCUGCAACCAACAAUGAAGUUGCAACUAAAAAAAAAAUUCUGGUUGACAUCAAAGAGUUCUUUGAUUCAGCUCCUGGUGAUGGGACAAAUAUCAAACACGCCAGACCUGUCGGAGUACCUUGUACUUUCCACACAAUUCAAGAAAAAAUAGUGACCAAGAAGCUGCGAGUUCAAGGACCACCAGAACUGAGAGUGAGACAGAUGUCAGCUGGACAAAAACAGCUGCUUCUUUUAUCAGUAAACAACACUACAGACAAACAAAUGGUCAUCAAAAGUAUUCAAAUACUCUCAAGUUCUAGUCCUGUUCUUGAUGUUGGAAUUUCGUAUGAAGAUGGUUCCAUCAAAUGGGAAAGCUGCCAUCAGCUGAUCAGUCUGGAAGUCCCUAAAAGAAGUCUGGCAUUUCCUGUGAUACUGAGUCCAUGUGAGGACUUGAACCUGAUCUAUAGGCUCCAUCUUUCUUCCAUACCAUCAGACUCAGAGCUUUCAUUACGUGCCAAUGUGAAAUGGACACAUGCUGGAGCCAGUCAUGAAAUUACAACUCUCUACAAGUUACCACGUAUUAGAAUACGUUGUCCUCCAUUUAUAAUUACUGUCAAAUGUGAUGAAGAGGUGGUCUUGGGGAAAACUUUUUUUGUUACCUUCAGCAUCAGCAAUCAGCUUCAUGAUUUUAUGAGCAUGAGACUGUAUUACAACCUGGAGAACAUGUAUAGAAAUAUGUUAGAGAAUGGGGGAUCUCCAGAAGAAAUGAGCAGGAUUCAGCACCUCAAAGAUUCCAUCAUUUGUCAUGACCCAGAUAUUGCUGGAAGCUCCUGUCCCCGCGGUUCUUGUAUGCCACACAGAGUCGGUUUUCAGAUCCAUAAGCCUGGACUUUACGAGCUGAGUGAGCUGAUGAAGGUAAACCUGCGCUACUCCCUACCUGACACACAGCUGUCACCUGUGGUUGAUGAAAGUGGCUCGUCAUCCAGCGACACCUCCAUCUCCUUCCAGUCCACAGACGACCACCUGCUGGCAUCUGAAGAACUGUGGAGAGACCGCAGUGGGAGCACGGCUUCACUGGCCACACCCAUCAUGUUCCAGACGGCUGAGGAGCGCAGACGCAGCUUUGCUUCCAAGUCUUAUUCAUUUGGGGAUCUAGGCCCAACUGUUUCAGCAGAAUCUGACGAAGUGGCUGGUAAUGCCAGGCCUAAGGUCAUCAAAAGGUCCUCAGCAGUUCCUCCACCACGACCUCCACCUCCUCGUUUACUGAGUCAGUCUGAGAAGGAUCUGAUCAAGCCAAGUAAUUUUCUCAAGCAGCCGUUCUAUAUUUACGUCAAAGAUUUGCAGAUGUUGUAGAAGCUGGCUGGGAAAUUUUGUUUUAU